UUCUUGCCUUUAGCGCGACAGUGGUGCUGCUGCUGAGCCUCAGCAGAGUGUGUGCGCGCGAGUGUAGAUGGUGGACUGUUCCCGGUGAAAAAACAGCGACCCCCGGCCGCAUUAAAAUGCCUCAUCGCCGCGUAUAAACGGGCGAAACUCCGCGGAGGGGAGAGAGUCAGGUCUCCAGGCAGGUUUAGAGGAAAAUAAAGGCAGGAUGUUGCAAGUUUUAGCUUGUGGCGCCGUAGUUUUCCCCGGUCUCUUUUUCGCAUUCAGGAGAAUCCUGCCUUGUGUGUUCAAACACUGGAACGAUGCCGACGUGGUGCUGGUCAGCGAGAGACUGGUGUCCUCCAUCCAUGCCGUCAUGGCAACCACGGCAGGAGCCAUCGUUGUGGCAUCAUGCCGGGACAGCGUCGUUAACGACAGGCACUGGCUGGCCACCUACUUUGUCAUCUGGUACGGUGGGCCCUACAUGACAUACGACAUCAUCGCCAUGUACCUAAGUCACUUCCACCGCUUCCGCGUCAAAGGGCACGAGGACUACAAGCAGCAUUCGCUGAGGACCAUAAACUCCUUCAUCCGCAGAGAGUUCCUGCUGGUGUUGCAUCACAUCGCCCUCCUCACAAUCCUGCUGCCUGUCACGCUGUUCUUCAGAAGGGACCAGGGGGAUUUCUUCAUCGGCUGCUUGUUUCUAACAGAGCUCAGCACGCCCUUCGUCUCCCUGGGGAAGAUACUUAUUCAGCUUAGCCUCCAGAACUGCUGGCUGCACAAGGUCAAUGGCGGUAUGGUACUGCUCACCUUCUUUAUGUGCCGCAUCGCCCUCUUCCCCUACAUGUACUGGGUGUACGGCCGCCACUACGGCAUCCCGCUCUACAGCGUGCCCUUCCACCUGCCGCUGUCCACCAACCUGGGCAACGUGUGCAUCCUGGCGCCGCAGGUCUACUGGUUCGUCCUUCUUUGCCGAAAGGGUUUCCGUCUGUACCGGCGUAGCCGUAUGCCAGACUCGUCUCCUGCGGUCCCUGUCACUGACAAUCCCAAGGAUGAUUGAUAUCCAGUUCACGAUUGCUCGCUCAAGCCGCACACUCAGCUACUAACGCAACUACUUCUGCAAAGGCACUAGUUUGACUUAACAUAUUUCAAAUCCCACCAUUGAACUGUAGUACACCAGGACUGCCUGCUCUUGUACCACAACCCCCAUGGGCAUUUUCCGCACACUUUAAAUCCUCUGUUUCAAAAAUCUGCUGCCUAAGUGGACCUCUCCACCUAUCCAGCUCUACUACUGAAGUUUGAUGAUUUCUUGUUUUUGUUUUUUUUGGGGAUUUUGGCUCUUGCCUGGAUCUUUUUGAAGUGCUACACUGCUUACAACACUGAAGAAAGGUCACGUUGGCAUAAAAGAGCUUCCAUAGAGAGACAUUAUCUUAUCGCCUACUCCUACUGUGUUUACAGCCUCUGCUGAUUUGGAAGGUCUGUUACAGUGUAUGUGUGAGUGGCUGUUACGACAGGUUGUAUUUAUUUGAAUGAUUUUACUGUGCUGUGUCAGGAUAGUUGCGCUUCCUCUCCCAUCCAUUCACUCAUCCCACCGACGAGAAGAAUUACAAAAAAGUGGUGGGUGGGGGUGCAAAUUCAGGCAGUAUUAGGAAUAAUUGUGAGGAAUACAUGUCACCUCAUUUACAUUUAAGAGCUUAAAACAGCUACAUUUGUUACCACCCAGUUAAUGUGAUUUUUCACCCCUGUUAAUUUUGUUCGUAGUUUCCAUACAGCAUGUUACCGGUUGUUUUCUCCCGUUUGUUAGGCCACAGAGAAGGUGGGGGUGAUGGGGACGUGGUGAUGCCUAAUGUGUGAUGAACUCAGGGCCACGGUCAGAGCAAUAAGGUGAGCAGAGGCUCACCAGGGCAAACGUAUACAGAGGAUUGCAAUUCCUAAGCAAUCAGCUACAAAAAAAAACAAACACAGAGGAUGUCAGGAGUGAUUAUUCCUGAAACUGAUCAUUAACAUCCAGUAACUGCUGUGUUUUCCCUGAGGCUCCACAGAUUUAUAUGCACUUGUGUAUCAGCUGUUGCAUUGAGCACUUCACACGGGGCUGUAUAUAUUUAAUGUUUUAGUUUCAUCACAAAAACAAAGAUAGUUUUAAAGCUUAAACCUAUAUCUCAACAUUGUGAUUGGACCUGAGAGGACUUUUUUUUUUUUUUUUUUUUUUUCACAUGCAAAGCAUUUUUUUGUUGUUGCUCGAUUCACAGUUGCAUAAAGACAUUUAUCUUAAAGGCAUUUAUGAGACAAAAUCACAUGCUUCACUUUUGAUCUUAAGAAUAUUAUUUCUUCAUAUCGAGAAACAAAUAGAAGAUAUUAUUUUCAUAGGAAUGCGGCGGGGUUAGUUUCGUUCACAAUCUAGACCCUGAAGUUAAUUGAACUAAUAAUAAUCAUUUUGGUCAUUCAAGCUUUGUAGUGAACUAACUGAUUUAAGUGUGCGUUUAUGACGUUUUAAUUUUUUUAUGUCCUGCAAUUUCAAUCUAUGCAAAAAAGAGGCUGCGGUGCAUGUAUACAACACUAAUGUCAAGUCAUAUCAAAUUGAUCCACGCCUCAGUAGGUUAUUUUCUGGGACCAUACAUUUAUUUCUCCUGUACAUUUCUACUGGGACUUCACACUACAAAUCACGGUCUCAUGUUGCAUUUUAGUUGGAAGUUUAAAAGGUCUUUGCUUGUCUUUUAACUUUACCUCAGUGUUUUUGAUUCAUUUAAAUUCAUGGAAUGCGGGGGGAAAAAAGGUGUAUAUUUAUCAUUAGUAGUUUUUGUAGCAUUCAACAACACGUUUACUAAUGUUUGGAUACUGACUUGAUAGGCCUGUCACUUUAAAAAAAAAAAAUAGAAAAAAGAAAUCAAGUUUGAACGCAACUGAUACGAACAUCGAUCCAAUUAGAAUUGCUAUGGCCACCGAGCUAUACAAGUUUUGUUGUCAUGAUAAUGUGACUGUAAGGAAGGCAAUUGCAUUUUUAAAAGACCUCAAACUGCUUUACCUUUAUCCAAUAUUUUUUUAAAUCUUUGGUUUUGAUUUUUUUUUCUCAUGGUCACCAAUUUCGUCCUCUUUGCGUUAAAGCGAGCCUACGGAUGUAACUUUUGCUGAGCUGUGAAUCAAGUGUGGGAUCGUUGUGCAUGCAAAAACGUAGCUUGACACUAGUACAAGUAAAGAAAAGUCAUAACGGACGGACUCCGUAAUGUCAGACAAUAUCUAUCUAAAGUUUUGUAACAUUAGCAGCCACCAUAAGCUACUGGUCAUACCAGACCAACGAAGGCUGUAGAAGCAAAUCCCCCGAGAGUGUUGAAAUAUGAGUGAAUGAGUGCGGGUGCUUAUGAAUUCACCUUUUCUAUUCAUUUCUUCUUUCACAAGUUGCAUAGUCUCACUUUAACGAAGACAACAAUUGCGUAGUUUACAAAGAGACUGUUCAUUUUAGGAAGUCCCCCACCACGUUGGUGUACAAGUCAUGGCCUGUUGAGUUUACUUUCUAUACUGUGAAAUUUGGAUUAUACUAGGGCUGAACGGUUUUGGGGAAAAAAUCGAAUUGCCAUUCUUCCUUCGUUUCGGUUUGCAAUAUUUAUUUUUAGCUAGUUAUAUAAAGUAAUGCAAAAUAAAUGAAAGAUCCACUGAAAAUAGGACAUUUCUGUAACCGAUUUGUGAUAUGUAACAUUAUUCGAGCCUGUAUCUUAUGAAAAAAUAGUAAAUAUAAUAAUAAAAGGAGGAAUAGAAAAUGUUAAACUGAAUGAUACACCAAACAUUUAACUAAAUAAUUCACAUUCGAUUAAUCGCGGUCUUCACGAUUUAGCUUAAUCGCAUUCUUUCAAACCGCGAUUACAAUUUUAAAAUGUUCAGCCUUAGAUUAUACAAAUAGAAAUAUUUAUACAUAUUUGCUCUAAUACACAGUGACAGCGCCAUGUCUUGAGGGCUCUUUUAAUCCUCAAAUUAAAUUGUUCCCUGAAGGAAUUUUCAUCUUUCAAGCAUCAAGACUGCUAAGCAGAACAGCUGUUGCAUUGUGGGUUCUGUAGUGUUGCUGUGACCUGUGUGGGGGAUCUUGUGGUUCUGCACUGCACUAUGGCAAACACAAGUGGUAUCCAUGUCUGGUGGGAGCAGCAUUGUAGGGAAAAGGUAAUUAGUCUUGAUCUUGGUAGACGCACAGCCCGUUGGCUGACGAGUAGCAUGAGGAGGAGGGAGCAAGGAGAGCCGAGCUGCUGAAUGAUGGCCUCGUUUUUUCUCGUUUGGCUGGAGUUCAGCAGAGUGCAGGCCUCUUUUGUCCUUUGCUGACCAGGCCACUGUUAUUGGAAACAUUCCAGGUUCUUUGUGCUGCUUUCAGCCAAACUCUCCCACUGUCCUGUUCACCCUCAACCUCUUACACGCACUUGUCUCCAGAUAUGUAGUGGUGUAAAUGAAAUGGUGGUUAGCUCUGACCUCUAGCUACCAAGAAAGACAUUUUAUUUACAUUAAUAAGAUGUUAUGUUCAUCCAUUUUAUUCUUACACUUCAGUUUAUACUUUAUCCGACAGCGUGUCAGAAGUCUCCACUUUCACUGUAGUCAAAACCAAUGCUUGUCACUUCGGUCAACAUUUUUUAUUUUAAAGCAGCAGGUCAUCCCUUUUUAAUAUGUCUGUCACCUACUUCUUAUUGCCGAUGUUUCCUCCCUUGCAUCCUCCCAUCGUGCUUUGCUCUCUUUCCUUCAAACUCAUCUCAGUCUCUUGGCGGAUGUGCUCUGCAGUGGUACAAAGUAGCUGGUUUGCCCACCUCCCUCCUCUCUGCUGCCAUCUGUCGUCAGGAUUAUCAGUUUGUCCACUCAGCAGUUUACAGGCAGGACCAGUUGGGAUUAGUAGACCUAUGCGGGCAUUUCCUAUUGAAACUGCAUGUCUCCUAUGUAGUGUGCCGCAUUCAGAUACAUGUAUAUCCAUUGUCAUGCCACCAUGACCUCACCUUCCACUUAAUACACUGAAAAAACUGACACAUGGCUUUGUUUGAAUGCUUUUAUGUAAUCCCUUAAAGCGUGAUAUUGAUUUGAUUAAUGGUUGGUGUUAAGGAUUACUUAAAUCUGAUCAUUUUAACAAAGACAUUUCUGCCAAAAUUUCAUUCUUGUUUUAUCUCGGGUAGAAAAGCCAUUGAAAGAGUAUUUAUACCGUCAUGACAAAACAAUUUAAGGUGUAGUAGCAGCUUCUUAGCACCCUAAAGUUGAGCCUGUUGUGACAGUUUGUGCUUUGUAGAAAAUGCUUUUUUUCUUCUUCAAAAUCAUUUUAAACUCCCCUUUGAAUAAGGUCUAUUUGACAGGAAAUAGCUGAUAAUAUAGAAAAUGUUAACAUUCCAUGAUUUUUCCGUAACAUUUUCCUCAAUUUAAUUAUCAAAAGUUCCCUUUUUUGUUUGCUCUCUUAAGCAAUUUAUUCUUUCUUUUCAUUGUGUCCAUCUGCUAAUUAAGAAAGCGAAAUUAUAUAUUUGUAAGUGACGUUGUCCAAAAUUCAAAUGUAUUUUCUGUAUCUGCAAAUUAACCCCCAUUUAUAAACUAAUGAAAUUGAUUUGAUUUAAUUGAUCUGAUCACACUGACCUGACUAAAGUUCUUGUAACUUUUAUAGCCAAUGGAAGACGGGCCUCAUUAUUCCCAUCGCUAGGAAUCUGGAUGGCAUAAAUGGCAUCUGAUCCUAAAUCUGUGAAUCCCUAAGUAGGAAUUAUAAAAGGUUCGAGGCAUGCAGAGUACACAUAUCUUAACAGGUAUUCUUUUGUUACUUGAUAGAUUCUUCUUAUCGAAAGUCUUAAGUUCAUCUUUGCUCAGGGUUUGAUGAAGUUUGAUGAAGUUGUUAACAUAUGCGUGUGUGUGUGUGUAUAGAGGUUUAUUAUAAGAUGAUGAAAUUGUGAGACUGAUUCUGAAGAUGAUCACAUCUAGAGUGGUAUGGUGUUUCUUUUCUAAAUUAUAUUUUUAAAGCGUUUUGUUUUCCAUAUAGAUAUUUCUUGUAUUCAUGCUUUCUGACAUGGCUUGCGAUACUUCAACUUCUAAGGGUUGGUAAACCAAAGACUGUCAGGCACUUCAGUUAAUCACAGUAACCGUAGGGAUAUGAAGAGAGAUCCAUUUGCUUCUCUGUAUUUUUAGACAUGCCAUAGAUGAUUUGUCUUAAUAGCUAAGUGACCCACUUCUCACUUAAAAACAUAACUUCUCUCCAGUCUCACGUUUUUCUUUGGGCCCUAGAAUGUGACCAACAUGUUGAGUUUGUGAUGGACGUUACCUCUAAGGAUUCAGUGGAAUAGUUUUAGGUAAUUCUCCACUAACACACACACACACACACACACUCUACAUUUAAGUUUACUCUAUGGGGCAGUGACAUUUUACUCCGUAAUUUCAGCACAUUGGUUUUGAAACUACAUAAUGAUUAUACUGAUAAACUUUUUGCAUUACACAGUAAACAGACACAUUAAUGUAAAAAACAAGAUGCUUUGUAUUCAUUGUACUUGUAUGUAAGAAUAGAAUGAGAAUGAGAACAUGGACACCAAAAUAACACGUGAACAGAGAUGGCUCUGUCACCAUGCUAACGCUAUUUAGCAUAGGCCUACACUAUGCUGAGCAGUAGUCAGCUUCUUGGUAACACUAUUUUGAGUGAGGGUUCACUCCAUGCUAACACUUUAGCAUUGGUUUUAUGUUGAGUGGAUGUAGAGUUCAUGCUAAUAAUUUAUCUUUACAUUAUUGAGUCGUAUCAAGCUCCAAACUAACAUUUAAUAAGUGUUAACUGGUGGCACAGGCCUACACUACGCUGAGCAAUGGUCAGUUCUAUUUUGACUAAGCGUAUACUUCAUGCUAACACUUUAGCACACAGUACUACUGAGUGGAUAUAUGCUACAUGCUAACACUUUAUCUUGAUAUGAUAGCAAGCAUCAUGCGAACACUUUAUGUUGAGUGGUAGUUGACUCAAAGCCAACACCUUAUCACACACUAUGUUAAGUGAUAGUAGGCUCCAUGCUAAUAAUUCAGCAUGGGCCUAUGCUAAAUUAGUUAGCUUCCAUUAAGUUGGAUGUUGGAUGCUAACACCUUUUCAGAAAUGCAUGUUAAAGAAACUGUCUAUGACAAGAAACCUUUUAGGAACAGAGGAGGAAAUUAUAAAUGGGGCAGGACUUUGGCUUUCUCCAUGGCUAAGGGUUGUUGCCAAUAAUGCUGUAAUGUAAAACUCCCCAAACUAUUUACUUUUUUUACUGAGUCUAGAACUAUGUGAGAGCUCCAUAUCAUCUGCGGGCAUAUGGCAGGUUUAUUUUAAAGGUGCUGGAAAUAGCACAAUGUUCAACAAACGUGGCAAAUGUUUGGUGUCUAUGUUCCCAUCAGUGAAGUCAAAACAUGUUUAUUCAUGCAUUAAUUGUCAUUUUACAUCCAAAGUAAUACCAACAUCAGCAAGUGGCUGGUAGAUUUGGUUCACUCACCAGCCAAAAAACAUUCACUAGCAAUUUGGCUAGUGAACGAAAGUUAAUUUUGAACCCUGAUGAUGGUCUUUGGUGACCCAUCGGAGCACAGCUCCUUCUUUGCACAACUGUAAAGACAAAGAUUUAAAUAAAUUGAUAUGAAAGAUUUUGUUUUGGCGCUGUCAGGUGGAACAGUGAAGUCAGUCACUGGUGCCUCCUUUCCCAUCGCAUAUGAAUGGCAAGCUGCGAUUGACCGUUGAUCCAUUUAUGAAUCUAUGACUGUUUUGUCUGACACAGCAACCAUCUCAAAAGGCAUAAAUAUUGUGUAGUGUGAGCCCGGCAUUAGUAGUUAUAACAAGUGAUACGUAAUAUUAUGCAGGGUGUGUCAUUACCCAGUUGGUGUCAGUUGCAAAAUGUUUUCCAACAGCAGAAAAUGCACACAUCAGUAGUUCAGGAAAAUCACCUCUACCUAUAUCAAAAUCGGUGUCUUUAAACACAUAGCAACAAUAUUUAGUUGUUUGUUUUUCUUCUGAUAUGAUGUGAAUGCGGCAUUAGGCUGAUGAGCUGCACGAAAGUUAACUUUGAGACGUGUUAUCGUACAGAUUUCGGGUGAGCUUGGAUUUCGAGCGCUGCAAAUAAACAACUGUUGCUGUAACUGAUUUUGAUCCGUGGACAGUGAACCAAAUUUGGUCUCCAGUGCCUUGUGAAAAAUCGAUGUGUGAUACCCACAAAAGUCGUGUGAAAGAGCUAAGCUGGCAGGCGGAGUUUACAGGUUGUGGCUGUUUUAUUAUCAUCAUCAUCAUCAUAUCCUUAAGAACAUGUUUGUCAUUUUGGUGUUCACUGCAAUCAUCAAGAAAAGUCUCAUUGUUUGUUUAAAUCAUAUCAUUCAUAUUUUAACUGGUUCAAACUAUUAGAAAUUGCUAUGCAUUUACUGCUAGAUUGAGACUAAAACUUCCUUUGAUUCUGAUGAAAUUAAGGCCUUCAUGUUAUGUUUUAGCAUUUCAUAUUUUGUAGCAUUUAAUCUAUAUUUUCAAAGUAUCAAGCAAAUCCCAUAAUGCAUCAUUUGAGGUCGAACACCUUUUAAAGCAUAGAUCAUUUGUGAAUUUGUUUUCUGUGUUUCUGUUGUUUUAGACCUUUUCAUCGGUCAGUUUGAUGGGACGUGUUGUGUUUUGGAGAUUUGAGUUUGAAUCUUGACUUGCUGUCCAUUUUACUCCCUGUUCUGGCAACUUAAAUGCAGCACCUUCACAACCUCACAACACGUGCUGCCCCACAUUAUUUUUGAUAGCGUUCUUAUUUUUCAUACAUAUAGCCUAUAUAUCAGAUUUGAUGCAUUUGUCUUUUUUUUUUUUGUAGCGAGACCUUUUUUCGAGGAAAUUUCUGAAAUCUGAAAAGAGACUGGACUGUUUUAUGAAAUAGCUUAAAACUAUUGAUGUGAGAGGAGUUAUGUACUGUAGCUGCAACUUGUGAAUUCAGAGCACCCCUUUAAAAUUCAAUAAAUUUGAUUUGAUAGAC